AUGUCACAAGGUCAGGAGCAGUGGAUCCAGGUUCAAGGGGCAACGUCCGACGAGUUCUGUGCUUGCAUUGCGGGCUACUUCCUGUUCCGGGGCCGCUGUGAGCUUUGCAUCACCGGCUCCAUCUGCCCAGGGUCCAACUACCUGCAGCUCCUCCCCGGCUAUUUCUCCAGCGUGGACGAGCCGGGUGAGGUGUUCCAAUGCUUCGGGGAGGCGGAUCGGUGCCCGGGAGGGGCGCCGGGAACCUGCGCAAUGGGAAGGGACAACAGCAGCGUCGCUUGCAGCACGUGCUUGCCGGGCUCAGUUGCAAAGGGAGGGGAAUGUUUGCCUUGCCAGUCUGGGGACUAUUUUCUGGUGAUCGUCAUGGGCAUUCUCGGCUGCUGCUGCGUUGCCGUGCUCUACUUCGUGCUCAUGCGGAAAAGCCAGCAGAGCACUUCCCCCGAGAACCUACUCAUCGCAGGGCUGGGGCUGGGUCAGAUGGUUACGAUCGUCCAGCAGCUGGCGGUGAUCCAACAGUUCAAGAUCGAGUGGGGGGAGCCCUUCUCGGGCAUGCUGACCUCCUUGGACGUCUUUGCCUUCGACCUGGACUUGAUCUCGGUGGGUUGCGUGGCGCCCAUGGGGCCGGUGGCCAAGUUCGCGACAAGAACUCUACUCGUGCUGGUCUUGUUUGCCGUGGCUUGUGCGGUCCACUUCAUAUUCAUCGCGCUCCAGCGAGCAAAAGGCUUGCGGUUGUCCGUUUUGGGCAGCACAGUGGGGACGCUCUUUAUGGUAUUCUUCAUAUCGGUCUGCUCGUCCCUGCUUGCGCCUUUUCGUUGCAACUUACACCCCAAUGAGUUGUCAACGCUCCAGGCCUAUCAUGAAGUCCUCUGCAACGGCGAGGGCGAGCAUUUGAGCAUGGCGUUGAUUGGUGGAUUUUGCUGCAUUCUGCCUCUCACAUUCCUUGUAGUGUGCUCCUGGAUUAUUCUGUUUCAACUUCCAAAGUGGCUGGCAGACGGAGACGUGAAGAUGAUUCGAGCUUGCUCCUUCUUGUUUAUCCGCUUCCGGCCCGGUGCUGAAGCCUUCUCUGUGGUGUUCUUCAUUCGAAACGCGCUCGUUGUGAUUUGUCCUCUGAUACCGUCAGUGUCAGGCAGAGUUCUCUCCAUGAACCUGGUGCUGUAUGCGAGUCUGAUCAUCGUGGCCUUUGCUAAGCCAUGGCGCUCUAUGCUUUGCAACGUGCUUGACAUAUUCCUGGUGGCAGGGCUUCUUGUUAUCUUGGGGAUGGGCUCCCUCUUCGUGCAGGUGACGAACGAUGCCUCUUUCUCCACUACGGUGAUUUGCAUUGCAAUUUUCGUGUGUAUGUUUCUAGCUAUCUUUGGGUCCAUCAUGUAUGGCAUCCUCAAGCAUCUCCUGCUCAAGUACCGCAAGCCCUUCAGGUUCUUCAUAUGCCACCAGAAGAACGCGGCAGGCAGCUAUGCCCGGCUGCUUAAGCAGGAGUUGCAGCUCCGCGGUUCCCGCUUCACGACGUUUGUGGACUGUGAUGAUCUGAACGACCUGACCAAGCUCUUUAGUUAUGUCGGGCAGGACACCGAGACUUUCGUGAUUCUUGGCUCACCGCAGAUUUUAACUCGGAAAUGGUGUGUCGGCGAGAUGGUGAACGCCCGGCUGAACAAGGUGCACUCGGUUCUGCUGACUUUCCCUGGCUUCGUGAAGCCUGAUGCGAGCUUCAUUCGGGACUACGCUACGCUGGUUCCCGAUGUGUCCGAGCUGUCGAACUACAACAUCGGCCUCCAGGAGGUUGAGGAGACGCUGCGCUGGAUCGGCACGAUCUCUAUGAUCGAGGUGCCCGGCCUCUUAAAUCCCGACAGCAUCGAUGAUGUUGUGUCGGGUCUGUCCGGGUCCACAACCAGGACAAGAGGUUCGGCGUCCAGCGAGGAUGCGGGUUGCGUGAUAGCUGCAGAUUUGGAUAAUAUGGAGGCUGCUGCUACAGCCUUUGUUUUGCUCGGGCUGAUUCGCAAGAAGGUCAUGACGGGAGUAGCAGGCUCUGUGCCUACAGUUCUCAUGAAGAAGCAGACGAUUACCCGGGAUGCGAAAUCGGUGCUUCUCAUUUGCAGCGAGGGCUGCUUCAACUCUCGUCAAGUUGCGGAAUGGCUUCUGCAAGUGCGCCAAGCGGAGCAGUGUGCACUGCUGCCCAUCAUUGCAGAAGAUGGGUUCCGGUUCCCGUCCCAGUCGACCUACGACCAGCUCUUCACGAAUCCAGAUUUGCAGACUCUUGAUCUCGAGGACUAUGUCCAGAUCAUCAAGGCCGUGUUCCAGGAGAUUGCUGUGGUCUUCUCCCCACAGAACUAUUCCUCGACCGCGGAAGACCUGGAGCUUCGGGCUACGCAGGUAGCGUGGCGCUUGUCGAACGGCCUGAAGCCGCUGGCCGCGAAGGCUGAGAAGAAGCAAAGCACCAGCGAAGGCUCACAGGACGAUAAUUUAGUUUGUACAAAAGUGCGCACCGUUAUAAUGUGA